CCAAGCAAUAUUAGAAGAUUAAAUCGAAGAAAAUGGCAAAAUCAAGCAUAGCAUUCAUUCUCCCACUUGCAUGCCUCCUGCUUGCGAGUGCUGUUCAUGUUUCAGCUUUAGACAAUGAUGUUAGUGGAGACCUCUCUGGCACUAUGAGAUCUCUAAAGACGGUGCUUCCUACAAAUGGAACUUCAUCAAACAUUGGUGUCCCAUUGGAUCUAGUUGACAAAGUACUUGGAAUUGUCACUCAAGUUAUAGCUAGUUUAAAGGCCCUCGUCCUCAAAGUUCCCUUGCUGUGUGUCAUCCUUUAUCCAGUGAUUAUCAUCCUUGAGAUCAUUGUGAUCUACAUCCCUGGUGGCUACCCUUGCCCAAUUAUCAUUGGCGUCAUCUGCAAGUAUCUGGGCAAUGCCAUUCCUGUGUGGACUCCAAUCAAGUUCAUCAAAGUUGAUCUAACGGUUAUCUUGAGCCUCACCGCAACUAUCAAGCUUCUGCAGAGUGUGAUUAUCCUUGUUACUCCAAACAGCUGCAUUUUCCUUGUGCUGAGUGCAGUGGUUAGUAUCCUUAAGUCGGUGCUUGCAUUACUCUAUUAAGCUGUAAUAGCGAAAUGCAAAUGCAAAAUGCAAAAUGUUUAGAAUAAACAAUCAAAUAAAACUAUACUAAUAUUAUUGAUCA